CGGCGGGGUCGAGGCUCGGACCAUGGAGGAGGAGGAGGCUGCAGGAGCCCGGUCGCUGCCAGCCCCCUCUCCCUAGCCGGUGCCCAACAGCAGCAUCCAACCUGCUUGUUCCUGCAGAGACAGAGAGAGACUCGUCUGCAAACUGCUGCUCCCUGGUGCUCAGAAUCGGCCUGCUCCAUCUCCCAACUCUCAUUCAUUUUUUUUUCCUGGCGAACAUGAGAGAUCAUGGCCGCCUUCGGGCUUCUCAGUUAUGAGCAGAGACCUCUGAAACGACCCCGCCUCGGGCCGCCCGAUGUCUACCCCCAGGACCCCAAGCAGAAGGAGGAUGAACUCACUGCAGUGAAUGUAAAACAAGGCUUCAGUAACCAACCAGCUUUCUCCGGUGAUGAGCAUGGAUCAGCCAGGAAUAUUGUCAUUAAUGCAUCAAAGAUUGGUGCAUAUUUUAGCAGCAUAUUAGCAGAGAAAUUAAAGCUUAAUACGUUCCAAGACACAGGAAAGAAGAAGCCACAAGUUAAUGCUAAAGAUAAUUAUUGGCUGGUUACGGCUCGCUCUCAGAGUGCAAUUCACAAUUGGUUCUCAGAUUUGGCAGGAAACAAACCUCUGACUAAUUUAGCAAAAAAGGUCCCAAUCCUCAGUAAAAAAGAGGAUGUUUUUGCUUAUUUAGCUAAGUAUUCAGUGCCGCUGCUUCGGGCAGCAUGGCUCAUCAAGAUGACGUGUGCCUAUUACUCUGCCAUUUCUGAGGCUAAAAUCAAGAAACGUCAGACUUCCGACCCAAAUGUGGAAUGGACCCAAAUCUCCACCCGCUACCUUCGAGAGCAGCUGGUGAAGAUUGCCGAAUUUUACCAUAUGACCUCGAACCCUGGCCACGACUCAGCAGCUAUCCCCCAAGACGUGGAACAAGCCAUGAAGCAGUGGGAAUACAAUGAAAAGUUGGCGUUUUACAUGUUCCAGGAAGGAAUGCUUGAAAGACAUGAGUAUUUGACGUGGAUACUGGAUGUUUUGGAAAAAAUUAGACCAGUGGAUGAUGAUCUACUAAAACUCUUGUUGCCACUAAUGCUGCAGUAUUCCGAAGAAUUUGUUCAGUCAGCCUACCUGUCUCGUCGCCUUGCUUUCUUUUGUGCCAGACGUCUUUCCUUGCUGCUGAGCGACAGUCCCACUCUCCUCACUGCACACUCACCUCAUAUGAUGAUCGGACCAAGCAACCCGCCCUUAGCAGCUCCGAGCCCGACCACCCCCGCCCCCGUAAUGAGCCCGGUCCAGCUGGCCUGCUCGGAUUUUCUCUCCUGCCCUCAGCACCGUCCACUGGUUUACGGACUGAGUUGUAUGCUGCAGACUGUAACACUUUGUUGCCCAAGUGCCUUGGUGUGGAACUAUUCCACAAAUGAAAGCAAGAGCCUUAAUCCGGGCUCGCCUCUGGAUUUGCUCCAAGUCGCGCCGUCGAGCUUACCUAUGCCAGGCGGAAACUCAACAUUCAAUCAGCAGGUUCGGGCAAAAAUCUACGAGGUUGAACAGCAGAUCAAACAAAGGGGUCGUGCAGUGGAGGUGCGGUGGUCUUUUGACAAGUGCCAGGAGACAACAGCAGGGGUCACCAUCAGUCGUGUAUUGCACACGCUGGAAGUUUUGGAUCGUCAUUGUUUUGACCGAUCGGAUUCCAGCAAUUCAAUGGAGACUCUUUAUCACAAGAUUUUCUGGGCAAACCAAAACAAAGAUAACCAGGAGGUUGCCCCCAAUGAUGAAGCAGUGGUGACGUUGCUGUGCGAAUGGGCCGUGAGCUGCAAGCGAUCCGGAAAACACAGAGCGAUGGCUGUGGCUAAACUUUUGGAGAAGCGGCAAGCUGAAAAUGAGGCUGAUAGAUGUGGUGAGUCAGAAGUCUUAGACGAAAAGGAAUCUAUUUCUUCAGCUUCCCUUGCCGGAUCCAGCCUGCCAGUCUUUCAGAAUGUGCUUCUCAGGUUUUUAGACACGCAGGCCCCAUCGCUGUCUGACCCCAACAGCGAAUACGAAAAGACAGAGUUCGUGAAUCUGGUGCUACUGUUUUGUGAGUUCAUCCGGCAUGAUGUUUUCUCUCAUGAUGCCUACAUGUGUACUUUAAUAUCCCGGGGAGACUUGUCAAUCACGGCAACAGCUAGAUCACGGUCACCGAUUGGAGAAACAGGGGAUGAACACUAUUCGAAGGACCACGGCGGAAAGAUGGAGAUUUUUUCCCCUAUGCCUGGAGAAUCUUGCGAGAAUGCCAACCCUUCCUUAGACAGAAGAAUUUCAGUUCACAAUGAGAAGUUGGUGAAAAGGGAAAAACAGAGAGAAUUAAUUUUCCCCUCCAACUAUGAUCUCCUUCGUCACCUGCAAUAUGCAACACACUUCCCUAUUCCUCUGGAUGAAUCUUCGAGUCACGAAUGUAACCAGCGGACAAUUCUUCUAUAUGGAGUCGGGAAAGAGCGGGAUGAGGCAAGGCACCAGCUGAAGAAGAUAGCCAAAGAUAUCCUGAAAAUCCUGAACAAGAAGAGCACAACUGAAAGUGGCGUUGGUGAUGAAGGACAAAAAGCCAGGAAGAGUAAACAAGAAUCAUUCCCAACCCUAGAGACAGUGUUCACAAAACUACAACAGCUCUCCUAUUUUGAUCAACAUCAAGUGACAUCUCAGAUCUCCAGCAAUGUGCUAGAGCAGAUAACUAGCUUUGCUUCAGGAAUGUCGUAUCACCUCCCUCUGGCUCACCAUAUACAGUUUAUCUUUGAUCUCAUGGAGCCAGCUCUGAACAUCAAUGGUCUCAUCGAUUUUGCAAUCCAGUUGCUAAAUGAGCUGAGUGUUGUGGAAGCAGAGCUGCUGCUGAAGUCCUCCAGCUUGGCAGGAAGUUACACAACAGGAUUAUGUGUGUGCAUUGUAGCUGUUCUCCGACGGUACCACGCUUGUCUAAUUCUGAAUCCUGACCAGACGGCACAAGUGUUUGAAGGGUUAUGUGGUGUGGUAAAGCACGUUGUCAAUCCAUCAGAAUGCUCUUCUCCUGAAAGAUGUAUCUUAGCCUACCUCUACGAUCUCUACGUGUCAUGUAGCCAUCUAAGAAGCAAAUUUGGAGACCUGUUCAGUAGUGCCUGUUCCAAGGUAAAGCAAACUAUAUACAGCAAUGUGCAGCCCUCAAACUCCAAUCUAUUAUGGGACCCCGAGUUCAUGUUGGAUUUUAUCGAGAACCCUUCUGCUCACAGCAUCAACUACUCAAUGCUAGGCAAGAUCCUCAGCGACAAUGCAGCCAAUCGCUACAGCUUUGUGUGUAACGCCCUCAUGAAUGUAUGUAUGGGACAUCAGGAUGCAGGAAGAAUCAAUGACAUAGCCAACCUUUGUGCUGAGCUGACUGCUUGCUGUACAGUCCUCAGUUCAGAGUGGUUAGGGGUACUAAAGGCUCUCUGUUGCUCUUCAAAUCAUGUUUGGGGUUUUAAUGAUCUCCUCUGCAGCGUAGAUGUGAGUGAUCUCUCAUUCCAUGACUCCCUAGCCACGUUCAUUGCAAUUCUGAUAGCUCGACAGUGUUUUUCCCUGGAAGAUGUCGUACAACACGUAGCCCUCCCCUCUCUGCUUGCAGCAGCUUGUGGGGACCCAGAUGCAGAGUCUGGAGCGAGAAUGACCUGCCGACUCCUGCUUCAUCUCUUCCGAACCCCCCAGGUCUGUUUGUUGCCUCAAGCAACUGGAAAGUCUUUCCCAGGAAUUCGCUCGUCGUGUGAUCGCCACCUUUUAGCUGCUGCUCACAACAGCAUCGAAGUGGGGGCUGUGUUCGCGGUCUUAAAGGCAAUUUUGAUGCUUGGGGAUGCUGAAAUUGGCACCAGCAACACCAACUCUUUGAAGAAUGAUGAUUUCACCAUGAAGGGUUUAUUGGAUGACAUUAACGAUGAUGAUAUUUGGGGCUCCACACAAACCAUGAAAUCCUGUGGGAAAGCUGUUUCCAUAGAAACCGCAAGUUUAAGUGAAUAUGCUAGAUAUGUUCUAAGGACAAUCUGCCAACAGGAAUGGGUAGGAGAGCAUUGCCUCAAAGAACCAGAAAGGUUGUGCACAGACAAAGAUCUCAUCCUAGAUCCUGUUCUUUCACACAAGCAAGCCCAGAAAUUAUUGCAACUGAUUUGCUAUCCUCAUGGCAUUAAAGAGUGUACAGAAGGUGACAACCUUCAAAGACAACAUAUUAAGCGCAUCCUUCAGAAUCUAGACCAGUGGACUCUCAAGCAGUCCUGGUUGGAGCUUCAGUUAAUGAUCAAGCAGUGCAUGAAGGAGCCUGGUUCUGGGUCUGUGGCUGAAAUGAACAGCUUGUUGGAUAAUAUUGCAAAGGCGACAAUAGAGGUGUUUCAGCAAUCCGCUGAUUUAAACAAUAACUCUUCUAACUCUGGUAUAGGCCUCUUCAACCCAAUUGCUAUUGGAAACGCUGACACAAGUAACACAAGACAGAAUGGUAAAAAGGCAUUCCUAAGUUCCUCUGAACGCCGAGGUGUGUGGUUGAUGGCUCCGCUGAUUGCCAAGCUGCCUACUUCCGUCCAAGGAAGGGUCCUGAAAGCAGCUGGGGAAGAGCUGGAGAAAGGACAGCACUUAGGAUCCUCUUCAAAGAAGGAAAGAGACAGGCAAAAACAAAAAAGCAUGUCUCUAUUGAGCCAACAGCCUUUCCUUUCAUUGGUACUUACCUGCCUGAAGGGACAGGAUGAGCAGCGGGAAGGGCUCCUAACAUCCUUGCAAAACCAAGUCAAUCAGAUUUUAAGUAACUGGAGGGAAGAGCGAUAUCAGGAUGAUGUUAAAGCAAGGCAAAUGAUGCACGAAGCAUUGCAGCUCCGUCUCAACCUGGUGGGAGGGAUGUUUGACACCGUGCAGAGAAGUACUCAGUGGACUACAGACUGGGCUCUUCUGCUCCUUCAGAUAAUCACUUCAGGAACUGUUGACAUGCAGACAAAUAGUGAAUUAUUCACCACUGUGCUUGACAUGCUGGGUGUUCUCAUCAAUGGGACAUUAGCCUCUGACCUGUCAAGUGCUUCCCAAGGGGGAGCGGAAGAGAACAAAAGGGCAUACAUGAAUUUAGUAAAAAAGCUAAAAAAAGAACUAGGGGACAAACGUUCAGAAAGUAUUGACAAAGUUCGCCAGCUGCUCCCUUUGCCAAAGCAGACGUGUGAUGUUAUCACUUGUGAGCCCAUGGGAUCGUUGAUUGACACGAAAGGAAACAAAAUUGCAGGAUUUGACUCCAUAGAUAAGAAACAGGGGCUCCAGGUGUCUACGAAACAGAAGGUCUCCCCUUGGGACUUGUUCGAGGGUCAUAAAAACCCAGCCCCGCUCUCAUGGGCUUGGUUCGGGACCGUCCGCGUUGACCGGAAGGUGAUAAAAUAUGAGGAGCAGCACCACCUUCUUCUCUACCACACCCACCCAAAGCCCAAACCCCAAAGUUACUACCUCGAGCCCCUGCCUCUCCCUCCCGAAGAGGAGGAAGAAGACACCACCUCUCCCAUCUCUCAGGAACCGGAAAGGAAAUCGGCUGAGUUGUCCGAUCAGGGAAAAACCACUACAGAUGAAGAGAAGAAAACAAAAGGCAGGAAGCGAAAGACCAAAUCAAAUACAAGAGUUGACGAAUAUCCCCAGAACACCAUCUACCGAGUGCCUCCCAAUUACUCCCCCAUCUCUGCGCAAAUGAUGCACCCCCCCCAGUCUGCCCUAUGGGGCUAUAACAUCAUGGGCCAGCCCCAGCAGCCAGGCUUCUUCCUCCAGAACCAGCAGCUCACCCCAGGUGGCUCCAGACUGGAUCCUUCGGGAUCAUUUGUGCCCACAAACACAAAGCAAGCCCUCUCGAACAUGCUACAGAGACGUUCUGGCACCAUGAUGCAGCCACCCACACUGCACGCCCUCACGUCCCAGCAGCAGUUGCUGCAGAUGAAACUUCUGCAGCAGCAGCAGCAGCAGCAGCAACAGCAGCAGCGACUUCUCAGGCAGCAAGCCCAGACACGACCUUUUCAGCAGAGCCAGCCAAUAGACCAAGCUGCUAUUUUUGCUCAACAAGUUCGACCAUCUUCCCAGCUUCCCCAGUAUCCAGGGUUGCAGCAAGCACAGUCCAUGCCCCAUGGAUACACGAUGUACAGCACUCAGAUGCCCUUGCAGCCUCAGCAACAGCAACAGCAGCAGACUGGAAAUGUGGUCCUCUCUCCUGGCUACAAUCCCAGAGUGUAUCCUCCCUCGCAUUCCAGUCCCGCGCUGAUGGAAAGGCUGAGGCAGAUGCAGCAGCAGCCACCGAGCGGGUACAUUCAGCAGCAGGCUGCGGCCUACCUCCAGCCUCUGACGGGCCCCCAGCGACUGACCCACCAGCCUUUGCAGCAAAGCCCUCUAGUUGGAGGGGGACUUGAUGCUGUGCUGACAACAGCGACAACCACAUCGCAUCCAAACCUAAACUCAGUGCCACUGCCUCAAGACCAGAUGAGACAGAGACAGCAGCAAAUUCGGCAGCAAAGGCUCCUUCAGUUGCAGCAGCCCCAGCCCCAGCCAGCCCAGCCGCCGUCCCAGCCUCCGCAGCCCCAGGCUUCUCAGCCCCACCCGCAGCCUCCACCACCACAGCAGCAGCAGAGCCAGCAGACUCUCGGGCUUCAAGUGAUGCAGACCCAGCAGCCUUUGUUUCCCAGACAAGGCUUACAGCAGACGCAGCAGCAGCAACAGACAGCAGCUUUGGUCCGACAACUGCAAAAACAACUAUCCAGUAACCAGCCACAGCAAGGAGUCAAUCCUUAUGGACACCCAUCACACUUCUAAAUCUGGAAGAGGGAUCACCAUGUAGUUUUUUAUGUUUGCACUGAAGGAAAGAAAAUCAAAAUUCAAUGCACUAGCUAUUAGUAAUUUUGAUUUGUUUCUUCUUUAUUUAAUUUUGCAUUUUUUCCACUAAUUUUGUGCUAGAUGCAGCACGGAGAUGAGUGAAGAGUGAAAUGGUGUUGGCUUUGGGGCCUUUUUGCAUUUAACAUUGUGAAGAGCUUAAAACUAUGAUGUGUGUAGGCCUCUUAAUGGGCUUGUUUUGUUGCAAAGCAAAGAAACUGGUGCUUUCUUUGGUGGUUGAUUUUUUUGUUUUUUAAUGAGGAAUACCGGCUUCAAAGAGUUUAUUCAUUAUCAAGAAAAGUUUAUGGGGUUUUUUUGGAUUGUUGUUUUGUUUUGUUUUUUUAGCUGCUCUGGACCAAACGACUGAAAUUAAAGGCAUGUCAGAUUUUGACAUAAAAGUUGACUUAAAUGCUCACCUCUUAAUCUUUUGACAGUCAAGUGAAUGUUGAUUUGAGUCAUAUUAGAUUUAAAUGUUUGUAAUUUCAUAAGCACUUUAUAAACUUUUUUUGUGUUAGAGUACAAAAUUUUUCUCCUGCUUUCAUUGUGGUCAGAGGGUGCUGAUAGAGUAUCUUGCUUGUAUUUAAACUUCUUAAGGGUUCUAUAAAAGCCACAGUACAAUGUUAAUAAACCUUCUAGAGGUAAUAGUCCUGUACGGUUUCUUUCUCUUUGGAAAGUUCAUUGACAAAGGGGCCUCUGUAAAGAUACAACACUUGGGUGGCAAAUUCCCAGUGGUUAUCACCAUAGUGUCUCCUUUGAGCAGGUAGCGGUCAGGAGUGGUUCAAAUGGUUUCAGCUGGCUUCUGACCCUCCAGAAUCUUCCUCCAGACUGGCUCACCCCUCUACCGCGCUCCAGGAAGUUUUCUCUGAGUCGGCCUGAGUCUCCACAGGGCUCUAACCUGGCCCGGUUUUCCAAUCUCCUGGCCCAAACUCCCAGAAGGCUCUUGCUCUCAUUGAUGUAUUUGCUGUUGAUUUGGUAGGGUAAGUAUUUGAUAUUUUGACUUUCAUUAUUAACGUGGGUGUCAGUCUUGGUUGUGUGAUGCGUAAGCCGUAUUUAUAAAUCGGUGCAAAAAGCACAAGUAAAUUAUACAUCGAAUUGAUUCUAAUGAAAUAGUAACUAUUUUAACCUUGUUUUAGUAUGUGGUAAUUUGCUCAUAUUAGAGUAAAAAUUACAGUAAAUUAUAAUUUGGUUUGUGUAACAAGAGUAUUCCAUAUGAUAUUUUUUUAGGAUUAG